AGAGAGAGAGAGUGAGAGAAAGCGAGAGAGAGAGAGAGUGGUGUCCGCCGAGCUCUCUCUCUCUUCGGUCUCGCUCUUCCAGGAAGGGAUUAUUAACCAGCGCGCUGCCGACAUGUGAAGGGAAAACACACGCAGACAAAAGAAGUUUUCACACCGACGACCACGCUAUGGACCCGGCCAGCAAAUAAAGGAAGGAGGAAGAAAAAAAAAGGGAAAAGAAGCGGGCUACAUGAAAAAAACAACUUCUCCCACAAACACAAGCCGAGCAGUCGGGCUGCCGCUCGCGCUGCAGCUGUGCGGGUUUCUAUAAGAAAGGAAAGAAGAUAAAGAACAGCGCGCGACGGAAAAGUGGAGAGAAGUUGACUGGAGAUAAUGUCUGAAUCCUCCUCCGCUGCGAACAAGCAGGAGAGGAGCUCUUUCAGUCCUUCCGCGAACCCGCUGCCAAACUCUACUUCCUCCCCCGUCCAUGCUCCCGCCGCGAGGCCAGCCAGCCGAAUGGAGGACGAGCCUGCCAGGCUGCCUGCGCACCUGCGUCUGCAGCCAGUCUUUUGGAGCAGGGACGACGUGGCCCAGUGGCUACGAUGGGCUGAGAAGGAGUUUGCCCUGCGCCCGAUCACCAGCGGUUCUUUCCAGAUGAAUGGCAAAGCCCUGCUGCUGCUUACCAAGGAGGACUUCCGCUACCGAUCCCCUCCCUCUGGGGAUGUCCUGUACGAGCUGCUGCAACAUAUCCUGAAGCAGAGGAAGUCUCAUGUGUUUUAUCCGUCUGCUUACUUCCCUGGGAACUCCUUCCAUUCGCUGCCUGAAAGCGCUGUGCAGCACCUGAAGCUCGAAGAAACGGUACGACGGGGACCACGUGGUACAGAACCCAUCCCCCAGCAUCCACCAACCAUCGAACUGCGGCACCGCUCCCGCUCGCCGCACAACCCGGCCCCGCGACGAUCUCCCACCGAGCCGAACCACCCUCGCCCCGCCAAUGAGGACUCCCUGCAAACCUUCUCCCAGCUGCCCGACAGCAAUCACCACCUGCCGGAGGAAAUGUACCCGUUGUCGGUGUCCCCGGCUGCACCCAACGGGCGCUGCGCUACACCCAGAGAAGCCCCCUGUCCAGGCAGCCCUGGGGGCCAGGAGGCAGGCCCUCCUCGCGUUAUCCAACUCAUGCCCAGCGCCAUCAUGAACCCUUUGCUCCUCAGUCCAAGCAGGAGUGGCGGGGCUGCUGGCAUGGACUUCAGGCACAACCGCGGGGGACCCCUGUCUCAGGUGACGCUGGAGAACGGCCGUGAGGGGAAAGUCCACGGACACCAUCAUCAGCUAGCCCAGCAGCACCAACAGCAGCAUCAGCAGCAACAACAGCAGCAGUUACUACAGCAGCAGCAGGAGGAGGCGCUCUACAGGAACCACGUCAUCAUGCCCGUGUCUCCUCCAGAGGAGCAGCAGAUGCCCAUCGGGCGGAUAGCAGACUGCAGGCUGCUGUGGGACUACGUCUACCAGCUCCUUUCAGACAGCAGGUACGAGAACUACAUCCGCUGGGAGGAUCCGGAGAGCAAAGUCUUCCGCAUCAUGGACCCCAACGGCCUGGCCAGGCUCUGGGGGAAUCACAAGAACAGGACCAAUAUGACGUACGAGAAGAUGUCGCGAGCACUGAGACACUACUACAAACUGAACAUUAUCAGGAAAGAGCCUGGCCAAAGGCUUCUGUUCAGAUUCAUGAAAACCCCUGACGAGAUAAUGAACGGACAGACUGACAGGCUGGAGCACCUGGAGUCCGACACAGACGAACAAAUCUACAUCAAGGAGGAAUGCUGAGGAAUUCUGGGAAAGCGAGUCCAUAAACUGCUUACUACUACUACUACUUCUACUAUUACUACUACUACAGCCGCUGAUGCCUUUCAGAAGCAGCUCGAAAAAUCAACAUUGAAAUUAAAGCGUGCACAGGUGUUCAGUGGUGUCAUUCCUACAGGGAGAGGCAUGAAAUGCAGUCUUUCCUAACAUGGCCUUAGGAUGAUAUUAACCUGGGGAAAAAAACAAAAAAAAAAAACAGCAUCGGGUGUUUUCGGAUCUUUCGGACGGACUGAACUGAAAGGUCUCUCUUUUAAGUGUUUCCUUCUCUUUCCGAGCUGCAAAAGCCAAUCACUUUGUGCUUAUGUCACUGUUUGAUCGUUUUUGUCUCCUCACAUGCAUUAUACAAAGGAAUUUUGCUGUUUCUAAAAAACAAAAAGAAAAAAAAGAAUGAAAGAAAGAAAUUUGUGAGUGUGUGUGUGUGUGUGUGUGUGACCGGAAUGUUUUCACCAUGGAAUAAACAACUUUUUGAUCAGA